AUGUGGGAUUGUGCUUCUACACGGGCAGACCAUAGCGGGUGUUGUAGUGCAUUAGGCGUUCAAAGUGGUUGUAUGACUUAUUGUGAAACAACAAAUGGUGUCCCUACAGAUUAUUUUCGUUAUUUAUUUUGCCUUCAUGAUUUUAACAAAAUAAGAGAAUGGUAA